CGGUGUUUACUUCCUGUGUGAAAGGUUACAAAUAUUUCCCGAAGCAUAGGUCUGUUUUUUGUGAGACUGACUUCUUAUUUGAACAAAAACAGAAACAGCUGCAUCAAAUAUGUCUUCUGAUAAAUUAAUUGGGCCUGCUUUACCGCCGUUGUUUAGAAAGGAUGGAUCUGAAAGCGACGAGAGUGAAAAUGAUUUCGCUGGUCCCGCGCUGCCUCCCGGUUAUAAGCGGGGGGAGCCGUCCGGUUCUUCGGAUGAGAGUGAGCCGGAGGUGGCGUUCAAAAGAUCCAGGACUGGAGAAGCUGCAGAGGUGACCAAAGAUGAUGAUGAUGAUAAUGAUGAUGAUGGUUUCUUUGGACCAGCUUUGCCACCAGGAUUUAAAAAACAAAGUUCACCAGAAAGACCCCCUGUGCUGGGACCAGCUUUGCCCCCCGGGUUCCACAGAGCAGCAUCUGACAGCGAUGAUGGGGAAGACGGAGAGGGCUUCCCAGGGCCUGCGCUGCCCCCAGGAUACCAGGCCGAGUGUUCCAGCAGUGAAGGAGAGGACGAGGAUGUGAUUGGGCCCAUGCCCGCCAAAGGGCCCAUUCAAGACUCAGUGGCUCUCGAAUUUGAACGAAGAGCACUAAGGAUGAAAGAGAAGCUCACUGGGGAGGAGGCCCCUGAGGUGGUGUCUAGAGAAACAUGGAUGACGGAGCUCCCACCAGAACUGCAGCACAUUGGUUUAGGGGCUCGAACCUUCAAGAAGAGGUCAGGUCCAGAGAACAAUGAUCGAUCGAUUUGGACGGACACACCGGCAGACAGGGAGCGCAAGGCCCAGGAACGACUUGAAAGAAAGAAAACUGGCGAGGCAAAGAAUGAUAGAGUCCCACAGGUUUCUCGAAGGGACGUAGAAAUGGCAGAAAAAGUAUCAAAAUAUAAUGACUCCAAACGGGGUGAGUCUCUCAUGAGUUUACACUCAAAGAAGCUGAAGGAAAAAGCCAAAGAGACAGCGGACAAGCCAGUGGAGAGGAGGCCGUUUGAUAGAGACGAAGACCUGCAGGUGAAUCGCUUUGAUGAGGCCCAGAAACAGCGGCUGCUGAAGAAAUCUCAGGAACUGAACACGCGUUUCUCACACAGCAAAGAUCGAAUGUUUCUGUAGCAUUUUGUUAGAAUUGAUCAAAAUUCAUGUUGCUUUCUGGCUGUUGUAUGAGGUUGUGACCAUACUUUUGUAAAGGACAACUGACUUAAGCUAUUGUAAAAACAAAACAAAAAAAACAUGUGUGGUGAAGUUUGCAUACUUUUAAGAAGGUUUUUAGGACUGGUAAUAUGUACAAAUGUUCAGAUUUAUUUUUCCGUCUUAUAACUUGUUUGUGGAUACCAGAUACCCAUAAAGCAUAAAGGGCAUUUCUGAAAUUUUGUUUAUUUAUAUCCAUUCUGUCACACUAUUGGUGACUGUAUUUUUGUUUGAUGUUUUUAUUCUGGAUUUAUAAGAAUCCGUUCACAGUUGUGAAUGCAACAGAGUGACAAAUGGUGUUAAAUGAAAGCUGGAUCUCUGAUCUCUGCAUAAAUAAAUCUUUUUUUAAUAGUAUGUAAUAAACCCUGCCAAAUUAGCAGCAUGACAUUUAUGGAUAUUAUUUUUUGGUACAUGUAAAUAGGAGGGGCUGCAUGGUGGCAUAGUUAAUAGUAGCACUAUUGCUUACAGCAUGAAGUCUCUGGGUUCAAAUCCAGGCCUGGUAUUCUUCUGCAUGGAGCAUGUAUGUUUUCUCAUGCAUGUGUGGGUUCUCUCUGGGUAUUCCAGCUUCCUUCCACAGACUACACAUAUAACUCUUGAGUUAAUCGAUCACUCUAAAUUGCCCUGCGGUAUGAGUGUGUUUGUACUGUGUGUGUCUCUGUAUUUGCCCUGUGAUGGACUGCUAAUCUGCCUCUUCCACUAGCCCCACCACAACUUUGAAAGGAUCGGCAGGUAAAUGGAUUGAUGGAUGUAAAUAGUAAAAACAAAGAAAUUCUGAAAGAAACAAAAUCAUUUUUAAUGUGAGUUUAUUUUGAAUAGGAAAUUAAAACUACAAAAAUGGCAUUAAAAAAAACAACAAAUCACCAGAACCAGAUUAUACUAGAUUGUAACCAGAUUAUACUCCUAGUAAAAGUGACCUGUGUACAUUUUUAUAUCAGUACGUUUCAUUUGUAAAACAGCUUGGACGUUUUUCAUGUGUCUGGUUAAGCUUUUGCAAAACUUUUUUUAUAGAUUGAAUAAACUUUUAUCCCAAAACAA